AUGACAACGGUGAGUGUGUCUGCCGCACUAAAACCUACAAAGUCAACUAAAAGAUAUAAAAGUGUCAGGAGGAAUACCAGCAUCUACCAAGUCCCUCCACAGAGCAUUUCAGAUGAAGAUGAAAAUGCAGAAGGAAAAGAGGAGAACAAUGACCCAGAAACAAUUUUCCAGAAUAUUCAGAUGCAAAAGGAACUUGUUGCAAACAUUCGAUGUAGACCCUGGCCAAUGCGACAAAAGCUGCGCUCACUCAAACAGGCUAAAGAGAUUGUGUUGAAGUAUGAAGGACGGCUAACCAGAACACGAGGCUACCAGGCAGCUGGAGCGGAGCUUUGGAAAAAAUUCAUUCGCCUGUUCUACAACUUUGUUGUCCUGUUUAUUCCUUGGGAGAUGAGAAUAAAGAAGAUAGAAAGUCACUUUGGAUCAGGUGUUGCUUCAUACUUUAUAUUUUUACGAUGGUUAUUCGGCAUUAACAUCGUCCUCACAAUAAUGACUGGAGCUUUUGUUGUAUUGCCA